CCGUUGGUCCAACAUGGCGGAGGAGGAGGACGACGGCGGCGGGAGCCCCAGCCCCGGGCCCGGGCCCCGCACCGUCCGCAUCGUCAAGUCGGACAGCGGCUACGGCUUCAACGUGCGCGGCCAAGUCAGCGAGGGCGGCCAGCUCCGCAGCAUCCACGGCGAGCUGUACGCGCCGCUGCAGCAUGUCAGCGCGGUGCUGGCGGGGGGCGCCGCCGACACGGCCGGGGUACGGAGGGGAGACCGCAUCCUGGCCGUGAAUACGGUGAAUGUGGAGGGCGCGACCCACAAGCAGGUGGUGGACCUGAUCCGGGCGGGUGGCAGGGAGCUGCUCCUCACUCUGCUGUCGGUGCCCCUGAAUGAAUCCGAGAGCCUGGAGCCUAGCGACGACUCCUCGGGACCCUCCUGCUACGACUACUCGGAGAAACAGGCCCUGCCCAUCUCCCUGCCCAGCUACCAACAUGUCCAGCUCAACGGAGAGAGGUUUGUGGUCUACCACAUCUACAUGGCGGGACGCCAGCUGUGCUUGAAGCGUUACCGGGAGUUUGCCGCGCUGCACCAGAACCUGAAGCGGGAAUUCCCGGAUUUCCCGUUCCCCCGGCUGCCAGGAAAGUGGCCCUUCUCGCUGUCGGAACAGCAGCUCGAUUCCCGGCGCCGGGGCCUGGAGGAGUACCUGGAGAAAGUGUGCUCUGUGCGGGUCAUCGGGGAGAGUGAUGUGGUGCAGGACUUUCUCUCUGAGUCUGAUGAGAACUUUAACGGGAUGUCCGACGUGGAGCUCAGGGUCGCGUUCCCCGACAAGACCACCGUGACGGUGAAGGUCAAGAGAAACAGCACCACCGACCAGGUCUACCAGGCUGUGGCGUCCCAGAUUGGAAUGGACAGUGUCACCGCGAACUGCUUCGCCUUGUUUGAGGUGGUCAAACACUCCUUUGAGAGGAAGCUCGCCCCCAACGAGUCCCCCCACAAGCUCUACGUGCAGAACUACGCCUCGGCUAUUCCCGGCACCUGCCUGACCGUCCGAAAAUGGCUGUUCACCACCGAGGAGGAGGCCCUGCUCAAUGACAACAUCCUCGCCAUCAUCUACUUCUUCCACCAGGCCGUCGAUGACGUGAAACGGGGCCUGAUCAAGACGGGCGCGAUGGCGUACCAGCUGCAGGCGCUGGCGGAGCAGCGCAAGAUGGUGGCGUACCUGAACAUGGUGCGGACGUGCGCCCGCUACAACGAGAUCACCUUCCCCCACUGCACGUGCGACUGUCGGCGUAAAGGGCACGUGAUCAGCUCCAUCAGCAUCAAGCACUUUGAGCUGCACGCCUGCACUGAGCAGGGAGAGCUGGAGAACCAAGUCAUCUCCUUCGAGUGGGAGGAAAUGCAGCGCUGGGACACGGACGAGGAGGGCAUGGCGUUCUGUUUCGAGUACGCCCGCGGGCAGAAGAAGCCGAGAUGGGUGAAGGUGUUCACGCCUUACUACAAUUACAUGCACGAGUGCUUUGAGCGGAUCUUCUGUGAGCUGCGAUGGUCCCGUGAGGUUGAAGAUGACGUCUCCGACACAGACAACAAGAACUGCAGCGAUGCCGGCAUGUGCGGCAAGAAUAUAUUCCAGAUCCUGCGAUCACAGAGGAGAUCAGCCAGCUCUUAGCCUUCCGGAAGGAUCUAGUGCAUAACCACCACCGGCCCAGCCCCCACCCCAACACCGCUGAUUCCCCGUGGGGAUCGCGCUACAGCGUCUGAGGAAGUGGGGCGAGGACUCUGAAAGUGUGAACUACAUUUUUGGCUGUGGGGAAGGGCUGCAGUGUUACUCUGACGCCUUGAAACCCUCCCAAUCUCUGGGGCGGUGCCUUAGCGGAGCCCCUGUCUGCUUUGACCUUUGACCUCUGACCCUUGUCCCAAACUCUGUGUCUCCCUCGCUUUCGUUCUCGCUCUCUCUCAUGCUCUCUCUCGCUUUCUCUCACUUUCUCUCUCUCUAACUUUCUCUCUUGCUCUCAUUCUCUCUUGCGCGUUCUCUCUCUCUCUCGCGCGUUUUCUCU